AAACCUAACGAGCGCUUCCCUCUCUCGCUGCCACCGCCGCGCCGUUGCCGGAACUCGGUGCCCACUUCCUCCUCCGAUGUGGCUCUCCCGCUCUCCGAGAACCUUUAGAACCCUCGUCCAUCUGCGGCCAUUCUCGCAGGCGGCGGCAGCCGCCGUCGCCCCGUGGGACCCGACGGAGGCGCCGCUGGAGUACCUGGAGGGGUUCCCGCGGCCGGACCCGAAGUACAAUGAGACGAUCCUGGCGAUCCCCCGGUCGAGUUCCGGGAAGAACAUCGCGGCCAAGGAGCGCAAGGUGGGGCGGGUGCCAAGCAUCGUCUUCGAGCAGGCCAACGGCCAGGAGGGCGGCAACAAGCGCCUCAUUUCGGUCCAGGCCAAGCAGAUACGCAAGCUCGUCGACCACCUCGGCCGCUCCUUCUUUCUCUCCCGUCUCUUCGAGCUUGAGGUCCGUUCCGAGUUGGGAGCCGGGGACAUCAUCGAGAAAGUUCGAGUCUUGCCUCGAAAGUUGCAUCUCCAUUCAGGCACCGAUGCACCUCUCAACGUGACGUUCAUUAGAGCUCCUUCCUCUGCAUUGCUGAAAAUAGAUGUUCCUCUUGUCUUUAGAGGAGAAGAUGCAUCUCCUGGACUUAGAAAAGCAAGGGGCCUACUUUAACACCAUAAAAAGGACAGUCAAAUACCUCUGCCCUGUUGACAUUGUUCCACCAUACAUAGAUGUUGAUAUAAGUGAGUUGGAUGUGGGCCAGAAAUUGGUAAUGCAAGACCUCAAAGUUCAUCCUGCACUUCGUCUGCUUCAAUCACCAGACCAACCUGUUUGCAAUAUCAUAGGAUCAAGGGGGGCUUCAGAGCCAAAGAAAAAAUGAGUCUUCUGCUACGCAUGCCUGAGAAACCACCGUUGAUGAAAUAAGGAUUUCAAUUUUGAUGCUUGGAAUUGGCUGCCAUUCUUUUCUUCAGAGUUAGGUCGCAUUUUCUCAGAUAAGAAACUUGUUGCUCUUGUAUGAACAAUUCAGGAUCCACAUUUGUUCUUCAAAGCAUCGUCUGAGUUAGAACUGUGGUCUGGUUGUAUGUAGAGUUGUGCAAGGGUCUGUAUGAAUGUUACUUGCAGAAAACCCAUCUGAUUGCUGUAUCAGGUUCAAGUACAGUUGUAAAAUCCUUAUCAUCUUUGAUGACAACAUCUAGAAAUACUGUUAGGUGGCGUUUGGUGCAUUAUAUAGGUAAUAUUGCUAUGGUAAUGUGAUUGUAGAGAGAAUAUAAUUAUCUGUUAAAAUUACAAAGAAUUCUAUA